AAGAACGAUUCUUUUUCCGCUUAGUGUUCUACUAGAUAGGCAGCUCGCUGUGUUUUUUAAACGCGGCCGGUGUAUGAGUAUGUGCUGUUACUGCUGCAGUGGAGUAAAAUAUGUCAGUUAUCGCCGGACAGCAGCGGGAGGAGAGAGAGAGGGAGCCGGUGCAUCCGUUUUCGCUUUAAUACCCUCGUUUGACACCAAAAAUGAGGCCCGGCUCAUUUACAUCUACAACGGCGGAAGAAUAAGAAGUUCAUGAUUGCCACAUCAUCAUCGUCAGCAAGGCUCAAACUGACCUCUCUUAGACCCUGACGAACGGUGUGAAGUGUGGACAUUGAGACUGCCAGACAGCAGGUUGGCCUAAUAUCUCCACACAUCAAAACAAAAGCAAGAUGGUCACAAUGGCAACAACUGUAACCCCCGAGCCCCUCACAGCCCUCUCUCGGUGGUACCUCUACGCCAUCCACGGCUACUUCUGUGAAGUCAUGUUCACUGCCGCCUGGGAGUUCGUAGUGAACUGUAACUGGAAGUUUCCUGGCGUGACCAGCGUGUGGGCGCUCUUCAUCUAUGGGACCUGCAUCCUUAUUGUAGAACGCAUGUAUCUAUGUCUGAAGGACCGCUGUAACGUGCUGCUCCGCUGCAUCAUUUAUACCCUCUGGACUUAUUUGUGGGAGUUUGGCACUGGUUUUCUGCUACGCCAGUUUAAUGCCUGUCCGUGGGACUACUCUGAGUUUAAAUAUAACUUCAUGGGCCUGAUCACGGCUGAGUACGCCGUGCCGUGGUUCUGCGCCUCUUUUAUCGUUGAGCGUUUAGUGAUACGCAACACACUACGGUUGCGAUUUGAUGAGAUUGCUGAAUCGGGCCAGGCUGAAGAACGAUUGGAUAGAGGCGGAGGAGGAGGAGGGCGAAGAGGAAGAGGAGCCAGAGCCGGAGCCACCAGCGCAAACGGCUACGUGAAAGUGGAUUGAGAAUGCUAUCGACACCUUCCUUUUCCCACAAAUCUCAAAAGCACCCGUCACCCAUGACUCAAUCCACACAUCUCUCAGUCUCUCUCCCACCUGCUUCCAGGGAAAGAGCUUCGCUCGGACACAGUUGGAACUUUCUGAUUUAAUAUAUCGUCCAGCUGGCGUUCUUCGCACACAUGGAGGGACUUUCAUUUGUCAGCUCGGUGCUCAACGUUACUCUUACUUCAGGUACGUAGGAGUGGUGCCCGGUGGAUAAAUGAGAGAGAAUGAACCCUCCAGCCUCCUCCCAAACCAGUCCAUCCACUCCAGACACUCUCUGGGAGGGGACAAACCAAAUGGCUUGUGUUCCCUCAACCAAACAAAUGUGAAAAACAGGAACGCAGACACAUCACGAAACGAUAUAUCUAUCAAGUGCUUUAACAAAAUAGAAAAGAAAGUCCUUUCAGAUUAAAGAGUGUCCAUUAUGUAUGUAUAUGUAGUAGCAAAAGCAAAUAACUGUUAGGAUAAAAGCUUACCAUUUGAAUGUUAGUAUGUGCUAUUUAUUAAUAUCUUAAUUUAGUUAAGAUGUCAUGAUAAUAUAUUGAAAAAAAAAAUUAUAUAUAUAUACACUGUAUAACCUAAAAGCAAUGCCUUGUACUUGAAUUUGGUGUUUUUAUAUUCAUUCAAAAAACAAAUCAGUGCUUGAACGUGCAUGAAAGUUGUCUUCCGGGAUAUUUUUUCCCGUUUAAUGUAUCGAGAGUGAUGUUGCGUACAAUUAAUUUCUUCCAUUUUUUAAAAACGUAUUUAUUUUUUCUCAUUGAGAUGAACACACACAUGAGUACUAUAUUGUUUUUACACUGAUAAGAGUCCGGGUGUUCAGUGGUGGAACCAUAAAGCAUCACAAUAUCCCAUAUUUUCACUGGAGAGAAUGUGUUGUUGAUGUUAAUUGGUGCUAGAUCCUCAACGAAUCGUUUUGAGGGAUGCGACGAUGGUCACAAAACGUAUCUAGUUUAUAGGUUCACUGACCUCAGGUAUGUCAAUAUUAAUUCUUUCACCUCAGUCUCUGGUUUGCCAUGAAAUAGUCAAAAAAUAUUCUGGUGAAUUAUUUUAAAUGCCAACAUCACCUUGGUGUGUCUCCCGCAUGGCUACAGUUUCAGGUAAUUUAUUUGCCAGAAAGUUUUGUUGAGCAACUGUAUUGGUUCUGUUGUAACCAACCAAACAAAACUGUAUUAAAAUCACCAAUUCCUGAAUGGAA